CUUGGCUAUCUGUGAUGUCGGCGUGCGCAAGGCUGACUAGAGACUUGCAUGUCGAAGCUAAUGCUUCAGGAUGGUGAGGCACGCCACAGGGAGGAUGGCCACGCGAGCAAUGACGCAGCUCAUCGCUCCGCUAUACAUGUGACCAGCAGCAAAUCAGCCCAAACAACCCCUAUAACCCACACAGCACUUCCCUGCGGCCCCGCAAGAGCACGUAGCGCACGAUCGACCUCCUUACGCAGGGCCCUGAUGACGCGCCGCGAGCAUCCGUACUCGUCAGCGCCGCCCGCUACCGACCGCUGCUGCUAGAGCCGCUAAAUGCUGCUCACGCCUCGCACCUAUUCCCUCGCGCAAACCGACUCGCGCCCUGGGGCUUCCUAUUUUCUGCUCACGCCGUCGCAAAGGGAGAUCCAGGCCGAGGAAAAGCGCGCGCGCAAAAUGCUGCUGCUGCACCAGACGGGCAGCGUCAAGGUUGGCGAGGUUGUGCGCUACACGGUCACAUAUACCCCCAGUGAAGACCGCAUCCUCCCCGCGCCUGCCUUCCUGCAUGUGCGCAUACGCAACACCUCUGCCCUCCCGCUGCGAGCCGCUUAUCUCCACGGCCCGUACACCGUGCACGUCGCCGCAUACCCCUCCACCUUCAACCCCAAUAAAAAAGUCGAGUCUCCCAAGACCUACGGCGUCCCCGAGUUCGAGCCAAACCUGAAGGCCGGAGGCUACUGGAACGCCAGGCUGACCGUCCCGGAACACAUCAGACAAGGUGACGAAUGGAGGAACUUCGAUGGCACCCCUAAGAGCGCGACGUGGAUUAUUGAGGUUGAUUCCCAAAUCAUCUUCUCCAACUCAGCCUCCGUGAGCUAUGAGUUGUUGGUCGCCCGCGACGAAAGGUCUCUCGACCUUGGCUUCACGGCCGUCACAGGAAACAGCUCCGGAAUACCAGGCAAGGUCCAGGACCACCAGCAGGGCAGGAAAUCUCAUGCAUCGAGUCACCCUGCGCAGCCGAAGGGCGUCUUCUCCAAGGCGAUCAAAUUGGUUGUUGAUGACACGACGAGUCUGUGGAACAAGCCAGAGCUGCCAGAAUGCAAGGACGAGGAGAGCCACUCCGACAGGCGCAAGUCAAAAGACGUAGAGACAGAGCAGAAGGAGGACCUACCUAAGCAAAAGAAUGUCCAUCUUGUCAUGGUCACGCACGGGUUACACAGUAACCUUGGGGCUGACAUGCUGUACUUGAAGGAGAGCAUCGAUGCGACCGCAAAGCAGGCCCGUGACGACCGACGGAGGCGGCGACAAGAGCAAAGAGGGCAGAAAUCGCAGACCAAUAGCAAGUUAGACACAUCCACAGCACCCUUGUCCGGCGGCCAAGAAGACAUUCCGGAUGACGAACAGGACGAUGACGAAGAAGAUGUGAUCGUUCGCGGCUUCGAUGGAAAUGUUGUUCGCACUGAACGUGGCAUCCAGUAUCUAGGAAAGCGUCUCGCUAAGCACGUCCUGCGACUUACCUACCCAGACCAACCGUACCUGCCGAUUAAGAAGUCCGUGGGACAAAAGCUGAACCCCUUCUCACCGACCAAAGACAAGGCCGAUGAAGGGCAACCGGCUCACGAAGGUAGUGGCAUACAUUUUAAGCCUCUUGCGCACAAGCGGAAGCGCGCGUAUAAGUUCACCAGCAUUAGCUUCAUCGGCCAUUCUCUGGGAGGACUCAUUCAAACUUACGCCAUAGCAUACAUUUACAAACACUCGCCCGAAUUUUUCGAGCACAUCAAACCUAUCAACUUCAUUGCCAUGGCGUCACCUAUGCUCGGGCUCAGCAACGAGAAUCCAAUUUACGUCAAAUUUGCCCUUGAUUUUGGCUUGGUAGGUAGAACUGGACAGGACCUCGGUCUGACUUGGAGAGCUCCUACUUUGGCCAAGAGUGGAUGGACUGCUAUGGUCAGUGGAUUUGGAGGACAGUCGCAACACCAAGAGCAAGAAGACCCCGGUACCAAACCCCUUCUUCGCAUCCUACCCACCGGACCGGCACAUGUAGUAUUGCGCAUGUUCCGGAAUCGGACUGUGUAUUCCAAUGUCGUCAAUGACGGUGUUGUACCACUUCGGACAAGCUGUCUUUUGUUUCUGGACUGGAGAGGAUUAGGGAAAGUAGAAAAGGCCCGGAGAGAGAACGGAUUGAUCGGAAGUGUUGCUGUAUGGGGCUUCAGCCAAUUGACAGGUCAGAACUCAUCGCCAAACCCUUCGAGAAUAGGCUUCCAAAACGACAACGAUGAGACAGAAUCACCGUCUGGUAAUGGAGACGAUACUGCUGUGCCUCUUCCAGGUGCAGACGUGACCAACGAGGACGACAGGGUGACUGCUUCAGAACCUGCAGCUCACCAGUUCCUCGACGGGCAAAAGCAUAGUCCAGACGAACCGGUACAAGGAAACCCAGGUGUGCCCGUCUCCGACCAGUACUUCCAGCCGCAAAACACUCUGAUGCAGUGGUGGAGCUAUAUCAGGCCCACCGGAAAGCACACUGCAAGAGACAAGAAGAUGUUCACACGCAGUCAGACGAUCUUUAAAGACGAUGAUCAGCAGGAUGCUGCUGCUGAAGGGGCAUCAUCCCAUGACUCUCAGCCAAGGAAACGCCCAAUAGCUUCGCGCGGGGACUCAACCCUUGAUCCAUCAAAGAACUCGGCGGCCCCACCUAAAACAACAAUCUUUGAGUCUGCAGGAGACAUCAUCAACCCACCUGUUCCCCCUGCAUCAUGGAUCAUGGACCCCUCCACCCGCGCUCGCACAAUCUUCCACGAUCGCGUCUACCACCCUGAAGACAUUCCGCCACCCCCUGCAAGGAAACGAUCAAACAAUCGUACUUUCUCCGGCGAGAGCAGCAAAUCGCAGGCGUCUGUCGCCACUACCGAUGAGAAUAUACGCGUAGAGGAGAAGAUCGCACGUGCAUACCACAAAGAUCUGUCCUGGCGCAAGGUUCUUGUCCGACUAGAGCCUGAUGCGCACAACAACAUCGUUGUGCGCCGCAUGUUCGCCAAUGCCUACGGAUGGCCAGUCGUUAAGCAUCUCUGCGACACCCACUUUGCAGAUACGUACUCUGCGCAGACUCGUGACGAAGAAGAACCUGCUCUCGAUCGCGCCAAGGGUGUCGAUGCCCCUGUGAAGGAGGACGGUGAACAUGUGAAAGGCCAAGAAGAUAUUUCACCGCCCAUUGAGCGCACAGAAAGCGAGCUUAGGGAAGUCCGCGAUGAGCUAGCGCCACUUGGGAAUUCCUUCAGGUCACCAAAGCGCAUGAACACUGCGGAUUCUAUUCGCAGCUGCAGCUCGGCAGAUUGGGACAAUUACUUCGAUGGUGCAACUAGUGACGAAGACGAUGACAAUGACGAGCGCAAUGCAGUUCAAAAGUUCCUAGCACUCGGGUAUCCGCGCGGCGCGAAAUCACCAACGUCGCCUGGUCCGCCUCUUACGCCCAACGGAAAGGGAACGUCUGACGAAGAGAUUUCGGAUUUCUUACAGGGCGCACCCGGAGCAGCCCAGCCAACCCCUUUCGUCGACAUCCAUCGAGGUCUAGGUGCGAGUCCUAGGCAGCCAAGCAAGACGACAAAACAACCAGACUCGCAUCCGUCACUUGUUGGCCAGGCCGUCCUUACUCCAGGUCAUCAAGUGGCAGCAAGUCCACCUGCCAGUCCAUCACUACAUCUCAGCGACGUGGGCCUGAGACGGUCAUUGGAAGGCAGCCCUGACACGCAGAGUGGAAGCGGAGUGACUGAGCACGUUGCAAGGUCAGUGAGCACGGCGAAGGAUAGAGAGCACUCGUAGUGUUGGUGCUCUUAGACAUGACAGUUGUUGUAUUUGGUUUGGUUGCAUCUACAGGCGAUUGCAUGAUUACGGCUAACAUAUACCCAAAUUUGAUCAUGGUUUGCAUAGAUAAUUCCACUGUUUGUUUGCUGCCAAUUCUAUUUCUGCAGUCGGG